GGUGCCGCUGUGGGUCUGGGAUGGCGCCUCUGCUGGACUUGGCCGGCCUCCUGGUGCUCCUCAGCUUUGCACACCGUCAGGACGCAGACCUGGUGACCGCAGAGGCGGACGGGUCCCCCGUGGAAGACAUGGAACUGGACCCCGGGAGGAAGACGCUGACCUGGAAAAACCAGAGAAACGUGACUGAGCAAGAAUGCAAAGUCGACACCCCGCCCAGCUCCUCCACCAGGCAGCACCCACGGGUCAAAGGAGACGGCACCUACGUUUGCCGGUUUCCCAACGCCGUCCUGCACCGGGGGGCCACGCUCACUGUCAACGGGAUGGCGGACGGGACCCCUUUUCAGUCCGUCCUGGAGUUUCGCAAUCCAGGCCUGGAAGGAUCCGGGGCCGUAAACCUCUCCUGCCUCAUUUACAACCUGCGCCACAUGAAUUGUAGCUGGAUCCCGGGCCCGACCGCCCCCGCCGACGUCCAGUAUCACCUGUAUGGCUGGACCUCCAGGCAUGAGGACGAGGUCGAGUGUCCCCGUUACGUGCCUGACUCGGGGACACGCGUGGGCUGUCGAUUCGACGAGCUCGUGGGGUCCCAGCUCACGGACACCUACUUCUUCUUGGUCAACGGAACCAGCAAGGAGGCGGCCAUCGAGUUUACGGACUUCGCCCCGUUUAAAGGCAUCAUGAUCGAAAAGGUUGAUCCCCCGGCCAACCUCACGGUCGGCGGCAACGGAUCCCAUCACGUGAUCCAGUGGGACAACCCCAGGCUGCGGUUUGAGGCCUCGAGUCGCAUCUUCGUUUACGAACUGGACGUCCAGCGAGAGGGCAGUUCCUCCAAGCAAGACUCUGUUUUCCUAAGAGGCAGCGAGGAGAACGUGUACCUGGUGCCCAGUUCGUCCAUGAGAGCCGGGCACACCGUCCGGGCGAGAGUGAGGUUCAGGCACAGUGAGCUGUGGAGUGACUGGACCCCCAUCUUGCGUUUUGGCCUCCCAGACCAGGAUGUCGGCGGCUUCCCUGGUGCCCUUUUGGGGAUGGUGGUGGGAGUGGCCACUUUGGUCAUCACCGUCCUCAUGUUUCUCUGCACGAGGUUCUCCCUGAGACGGAAGCUAUUCCCUCCGGUGCCCCAGGUGAAAAGGGAGGUGACGGGCACCGGUGAGGCCUUCCCAGAGGUCGCCUGGGACCGGGUCAGCCGGCGGCCGAGCCUGCAGGAAGCAGAGGAGAUCCUGUCGGUGGAGGAGGUGCGGCCCCUGGAGAGCGGACAGGGGGACCCCGUGUACCCGGCAUUGCCCCAGCACCUCAGCGCUGAGGGCAUCGGUCCUGAGUGUCAUCCCCUCGACGUGUGAGGUUCCAGGCGGGGAGAGAGAGG